AUGUCGAAUUCAACAAAUCAAAGUAAUGAAGUCUUACCUGAUUUAUCACGAGCUUUGCUGAUUCUCCCAAAAAUGGACAAAUAUAUGUUGUUAUUCAUUUAUAGUAGUGGAAUUCUUGGUUCAUUAUUAAAUCUGAUUACACUUCUUCAAAAAAAAUUCCGUAAAAAUCCCUGUUCAUUAUAUUUUCUUUCAGCUUCUCUCACUGACUUUUGUAUAAUGAAUGCAGUUGUUAUGACUGAUGUUCUUCGAUAUUUAAAUCCACCAUUAUUUACUUAUAUUAAUUUCACUGUAAUUUGGUGUAAAUUACAACAAUAUUUCAUAUACUUUUUAUCUUGUUUAUCAUCAACAUUUAUUACUCUCGCAUGUAUUGAUCGAUUUUGCACAAGUUCCCAUAGUUCACAACUUCGUAAAUUAAGUCAAAUCAAAUUGACUCGUCUAAUUAUUCCAUUUGUAUUAUCAAUAUGGAGUUUAUUUUCAAUCCAUAUGCUCAUUUUAUACGAUGUCGUACCAGCAACAUGCGAGAAUCCUUUUGAAAAAUGGUACAGUGACGCCACACUCCCAAUGAUCUUUGACUACACCAAACGCCAGAAAUUGGCGGAGUCAUCUGUCUUACGAUGGAUUCAUGUUCUAUUAUGGUCAUGGUUAAAUCCAAUUUUAACUAUCGGUUAUAAACGUCAAAUAACUGACGAUGAUUUAUUUGAGGUCUCAUUAAACGAUGAGUGUAGUCAGUUAUUAGCAAAAUUUGAAGGAGUAUGGGAACAACAUGAAAAGCAAUAUGAAUAUGUCAGUACAUGGAAAACAAUUAUCCAAACAUUUUGGAAACCAAUAUUAAUAGCUGGUCUAAUUUAUAUUCCAUAUAUUGGUGUCAAAAUAGCUCAACCAUUACUUUUAAGACAACUUGUUAACACUAUUAGUGAUAAGACUGUGCCUUCGUAUAUCGGUUAUUUAUAUGCUAUUGGAUUAGCACUUUCGACACUUUUGCAAGCUCUUUUACAUCAACAAUUCUUUUUUCGUUCAUCACGAGUUGGAUUACAUGCGCGAGUUGUACUUUCGUCGAUUAUUUAUAAAAAAAUGUUGUCAUUACCCACAAGAGCAAUUAUGAAAACAAAUACAGGACAAAUAGUUAAUUUGAUUUCAAAUGAUGCCAGUACAUUUGAAGAGUUUAGCUUUCUUAUUCAUCAUAUAUGGGGAGCACCAUUAGAAGCCAUUAUUGUUUUUAUUUUGAUUUGGAGUCAAAUUGGUAUUGCAACUCUAUUUGGUUGUGGUGUUUUACUACUUUUAGUGCCAUUACAAACAUUUAUUAGUAGAAAAUCGGGAAAAUAUCGAAAGGAAACUGUUGCAUGGGCAGAUAAACGUGUCAAAAUCAUUAAUGAAAUCUUAGUUGGUUGUCAAAUUGUUAAAAUGUAUCGAUGGGAAGAAGCGUUGGAAAAUGUUGUUUAUGAUACCAGAAAGAAUGAAUUAAAAAUUAUCCGAAAAGCAAGUCAACUUCGAGCAGUGAAUAUGGGCAUCUUUUUUGCAUCAUUACCAUUGAUUGCAUUAGCCACUUUUGGUGGAAAUUGGUUGAUGGAUCAACCAUUGUCUGCUGCGAAUAUAUUCAGCAUUUUAUCAUUGUAUAAUAAUUUACGAUUACCACUAACAAAUGUUUUACCUCUUGCUAUUGGAAAAUUAAUUGAAAGUCAAAUAGCAUCAAAACGUAUUAAUCAAUUCAUGAAUUUAUCAAAGCAGACUUGCACAACAACUCUUGAAAAAGAAAAUAUUCUAUUUUGUAAACCAUUUCAUAAAGAAAAAUAUGAAGAAGUCAUCAAAUCAUGUCAAUUAAUUUCUGAUUUACGAUCAUUUCGAUCUGGUGAUUUGACAAUUAUCGGUGAAAAAGGAGUUAAUUUAAGUGGGGGACAAAAGGCUCGAAUCUCACUUGCUCGAGCAUUGUAUACUGAUGCGGAUAUUUAUUUAUUUGAUGAUCCGUUAGCUGCAGUUGAUCCAUCAGUUGCAAAGAAGAUCUUUCAACAUUGUAUUGGUAAUGAAAGUAUUGUGAAAAAGAAAACUCGAUUAUUAGUAACACAUCAAAUCCAAUUCUUAGCUGAAUUUGAUCAUUGUAUUCUAUUAGAUCGAGGAAAUAUUGAAAAACAAGGUUUAUUUAAUGAUUUAUUAUCAGUAACACAAAUCAGACAAUUAUAUGAACAACAUCAACAUCAUUCAAAUGAAACAAACGAAAGUAAAGAAAGACAUAAUAGUAUUGAUUCGAACUAUGAUUCAGCAAAUCAAUUCACGACAACUGAUGAAACUUCUAUUCUUAAAGAUGAAAUAUCUACGAAUGGAACAGUUAACAUCAAUGUUUGGUUAAAAUUAUUUACUUCUGAAUAUGGUUGCUUUGUAUUAGUUUUAUUAAUAUUUUUAAUGUUAAUAGGUCAAGGUAUUUAUGAUGCCACUAAUAAAUGGUUAAGUAUUUGGUCAUCAGAAAUAACAACAGAAAAACGUAAAACAUAUUAUUUAUAUAUUUAUUUAGGAUUGAUUAUUGGUACAAUGAUCAUCGGAUUAAUUCGUGCGAGUUAUUUCUUUCAUUCCCUCGACUGA